GAGCUCAGCAUCAUGCGCAACAGCGAACAUCCCAAUCUGGUCCGCCUUUACACAUCGUUUGUGCACAAGAACGAGCUCUGGAUUGUCAUGGAACUGAUGGAUUACGGCUCCAUGCUCGACAUUAUCCGUUACAAGAGCGUUCGAACCAAAGGCGGUGUCCUUUCCGAGAACGUAAUUGCAACCGUCAUCAAGGAGGUGUUGCAGGGCCUGGAUCACCUUCACCGCAAUAUGAAAAUUCACCGUGAUGUCAAGGCCGGGAACAUCUUGCUCAACGCGAAUGGCGAAGUCAAGCUUGCCGAUUUUGGCGUGAGUGCCUUUCUUGGAGACACGAUGGAGGCUUCCAAAAAUCUUGCGGCCGAUACGCCCGCGAAGAUGACCUUUGUCGGCACGCCCUGUUGGAUGGCGCCUGAGGUCUUGGAGCAGACGACUGGGUACAACACCAAGGCUGACAUUUGGUCGCUUGGUAUUACGGUUAUUGAGCUGGCCACUGGCGUCGCGCCCUAUGCAUCCAAGGAUCCUCUUGAGGUCAUGCACAAGAUUCUGCGUGAAGAGCCACCCACCCUACAAACGGUUGGUGAGGAGACCGCGCGGGCCUACAACGACUACAAACAGCUUCCCAAGUUUAUCAAAAAGUGCCUGGAAAAGGACACUGCCAAGCGCCCCAGUGCUGUGGACCUGCUGAAGAGCUCGCUCGUGUCCAAGUUUGCGCGUGAUGCCGAGUACCUGCGUAUCAACCUCAUCAAUGAGCUGCCU